CACAUGGACAAUGGACAUGGUCCAAAUGUUGAUCAAUUGCGACUUCUCAGAGCUGGAGAGGAACACCAACUUCAAAUUCCGCGUGGACGCAUUGGAAUUGGAUUUUGCACCAGCAUAUAACGGCACGACAUAUCAUAAACUCUUGGACACUGUUCGAAAACCGAGGCAGUUGCGCACGCACUUAGCUUAUGACUUCCUUCCGCUGCACAUGUUCCACACUAAGGCCCGGUUUAUCCACAUCACCAGAAAUCCCAAAGAUGUGCUAGUGUCGCUAUUUCAUUUUUAUCGCAGCAAUAAAGAUCUACUUGGGCAAUGGCCUGGGACGUGGGCUGAAUACUUUGAUAUGUUUCUGAACAAAGAACUCGUGUAUGGCGACUGGUUUGACCACACAAGAGGCUUUUGGGAACGUCGCCACAAUAGUCGAAUGCUGACCUUGAGAUACGAAGAGAUGCUAUCAAACCCAUGCGAGACCGUGCAAAAUCUCGCAGAGUUUCUCGAGAUACCCAAGAGUGACGAGGAUAUUGCAAAAAUCGUGGAGCUGACACAUUUUAACAUAAUUAGAGAGGAUCCAACUACAAACUUUCACCGUUCUUUUCAUCAAGAGCAUCCAUUUUGUAGAAAAGGACAAGUUGGGGACUGGAAAAAUAUUUUUAGUGCCGAGCAGUCGGAAAUAUUAGAUCGACUGUGUGCAGAAAAGAUUGAGCCAUUGGGCCUUAAGUUCAAGUUUGAAUAAUUAGACUUACAAUGCAACUACGUAAUACCAAGAAACUUUCCGUUGUCGAUGAAAUCUCUCUUUCUCUCUCUCUCUCUCUCUCUCUCUCUCUCACACACACCCAUGGGGUCAUCGUCGAGGGCACUGUUGUACUAAU